AGUUUCUUACUCAUUUCCACGUGAAUUCUUAAAAGGCCACACAACACGUUAAAAGCCGCUUCCCUCUGGAAUCACACCACAUCUGUAUUUCUGCUGCCGUUAUUAGGCUCGUUUUGGCGGUAACUGAUCAAAAUUAAUAGUCUCCGGAUGUUUACGGUCUCUUAGCAACAGGUUUCUCAAAGAACAUGUUCAGUGCGGAGAGACUUUUACCUUGAUUUCAGAAUGAACGUUAAAUGUCACCUUUCUGCUGUAUAACGUGUUUUCUUAGUAUAGUUCCGUCUAGGCUCCUUUGGUUUCUCUCGGCUUUGCUUUUUUACACGUUAAAGCUAACCUAGCUAAUUACUCUGGAAGGAGAAGGGAAGGCUUAUCUAAGGUAAUCAAACCUGGAGUUAGUGAGCUAGUUUUCCAUGGUGUAUUAUUGUUGCUGUUGUUGUUGUUAAUGCCAUGCGUGUUGUUUCAUAAAUGUGCUGUUUUCAGAUGUACGGCGUUGGAAGCAUCGCAGGGCAGGACGAAGAGAAGACAGAGUCACCCGAGGAAGGGGCAGAGGCUUGUGUCGUUACUGCGGCCCAGGAGGGAGAGACCCAGAGGGUGGAGCAGGUGGAGACCAGCGCUGGGGACGUCACAAAUUCUCAUGCUGCAGCCAGCGCCUCGGACACGCUUCUAAUCAUGCACACACACUCAGAGCAAGGCAGCAGUAGCGUGCCUGAGGCUGCAACCUCACUGCUACACUUCAGGAUGGCUACUUCCAUGGGUGGCGAGGGAGACGAAGGAGCCAGGGCAACAGAAAACGAGGAGGAAUAUGACGAGGAAGAGGAGCUCAUUGUUUUGGAUCCUGAGCAUCCUCUGAUGAAGAGAUUUCAGUCUGCACUGAAGACACAUCUCACGAGUCAGCUAGAGAGACUCAACCUCGAGCUAAGUGAAAAGGUGGCGCUGGAGCGAGCGGUGAGCAGCCAGCAGAAGGAACUGGGCGUGGAGCUGUACCUGGCACAGCAGGAGCUAGCCCAGCUGCACGCCCGCCUGGAGGGCCGCCACGAGGCCGGAGCCCGGGCCGGAGCCGAGCGCAGACAGGCACAGGAGCAGCAGCAGGUGGUCCAGAGCCAGUACGGCAGCGUGGCGGGCCGGGCCCGCGCCCAGCGCAAUCACGUGUAUGAGCUGCAAGUGGAGGCUGAGAACCUGGCAUUGAGGCUGCACUACAUGCAGGACGUGACCUCUGACCUGCGCUCCGACGUCAUCACCAUGAAGAACGCGACACAUAAGGCGAAGGUCGAGAAGCAGCAGGCUGAACUGCAGAAGCACAAGCAGGACCUGUACGUGGAGCGGCUGACAAAGCAGGAGGAGAAGUUAAGGGAGCAGAUUGCUCGCUACGAGACGCAGACGCUGGCUCAGGCGGCAGAGACGCGGGCCGCCAAAGAGGCUGUCGCUGAGGCUCAGAUGGAGAUGGACUCUCUCAUAUUGGAGCACAAGCAACUGCUGCAGCAGUGGAAUAGCAGCCUGGUGGGGAUGAAGAGGAGAGAUGAGGCGUACACCACCCUGCAGGAGGCCCUCCGGCUGACCAAUCAGCAGGUGUGUUCCCUGGACACAGAGGCGGGGGGCUACAAGCGUUCGAUCACGCAGGAGCAGGAGCGUAAUGAGCUGCUGACCGUGCUGCUGAACCGCGCCCAACUCGACAGCGUCACCUGCCGCAAGCUCAUAGCACAGUCGCUCAGCCAGCAGGAGGCACUGCAGGCCAUGUACAGCACCUACACACGCAUGCUCCAGGAGACGGAGAAGAGCCUGAGCAGAGUGACCACAGAGUGCAGUGUGCGUCAGUCCGAGCUGACCAUCUUGCGGAAGCAGUUGGAGAAGGAGUCGUCUGUGCGUUUGGACCUGGAGGAGCAGAUCGUGAGCAAGAUGCAGGAUCAGCUGACCCUCGGCAACGCUGCCAAGUACUCACAUGCUCUCAGUGAGAAGACCGCCACCCACCAGAGGGAGAGGGAAGCCCAACUCUCAAAGCUGGAGAACGAGACGGCUGCAGUGGCACUGGAGGUCAGCCAGGUGGCGCUGCGCCUGGAGUCUCUGGCCUACCUGCAGCACCACCUGGAGCAGGAGAUUGGCCGCCGGCACCAGCUGUUGUCCGGCGGCGAGGCCGAGGUGGCCAAGCGUGUCACCGUCAUCGAACGCAAGCAGGCUGCCAUCAACGUCUACAAUAAGAAGAUGGAGAGCAUAGUGGCCAGCACGGGGCAUAAGGACCUGGGUCCUCUAGAGAUAGAGGCCAGCACUCUUAGUAAGCAGCUGGAGGAGGUGGGGGUGGAGAUUAAUGAGCAGCAGCAAUUCUGGCUCAGGCAGCAGGGGGAGCUAGUGAGUCUGAACCAGGAGAAACAAGACCAGAGCAACACCCUGCUAACCCUGCAGACCCAGCUCAUAGUCCUCCAGCAGAGGAGGGUCCGAACCGAGAAUAAGAUUGAGCAGGAGUGUCGGGUGUUAGCUGAGCUGGAGAGACACUCAAAAUCUCUGAUGUUGGACAUGCAGAGACUGAACUCCCUCCUGAACCAGAACACACAGCAGAGCCACGAACUAGAACAGAGCACCAGCCUGCUGGAGAACAGCUUCAUACAGGAGCUCAAGGAAGCAGAGAGACAGUCUGUGGAGAUGCAACUACGUCUGGAGAAGCUUCAAGAGGAGAAGGAGAGACUGCUCAACAGCUUAGUGGAGGCAGAGCGACAGAUCAUGCUCUGGGAGAGGAAGACCCAGUUGGUUCGUGAGACUCGAUCUGCCGUCGACUCAGAAGUUGGCAAGGGAGAUAUUCACACCAUGAAGGCAGAGAUACACCGCAUGGAGGUGCGUUACGCCCAGCUGCUGAAGCAGCAGGAGCGGUUGCUAAGAGAGAUGGAAGCCGUGGUUGCUAGGCGUGAGAGCAUCAUCACGCGUAGCGAGGCUCAGGCCCGCAGCGAUCGUAAACAACCUACACACACAGAUUUCCAGCACACACUGCAAGCACUGCGCCGCGCCAUACUGCAAACGCACAAGCAUACGGAGGAGUGUGAUGGUGUUUUAGCAGAGCUGAAGGAGAACCAGAGUUCUCUGACCGUGAGUCUGAAAGAGAAAGAGCUGGUGAUGCGUGACCUCCACAACACAAUCAGCACCCUCACCAGUGACCUCAGCAACCUCCAGGACACAAGAGAGAGAAACCUGGCUCAGCUGCUGGCUCUGCAGGCCAGGGCAAAGCAGCUGCAGGCAGUAAAGGAGGGUCGUUACAUCACCGUGGCAACGGGACAGCCUGCACUGGAGGUGUCCAUGCAGAGACAGCAAGAGCGUUUGCAUGCGGUCAGUGGCGUUCUGGAGCGUGUGCGGCAGGACUUCCCGCAUCAUCCCACCCUGCGCAGGAUCACUCUCCUCCUGUCUGCACACACACCCACACACACAGGGCCCAAGAGAGCUUAACGCUCUACAGAUGUUUCAAAUAUUUCAUACACGCCCUCUGGAAACGUCCACAUGGUUAUCUGUCAUUGUUUAGGCCUUGACUUCCAACCUUAAUGUAACAGGCCUGAUCCAGUUAAUCAAGCUUUUGGGUGUCAUUUGAUGGCCAAGUGUGUUGACUGCACGGUAGAUCUGUAGUAUUGGAGAUGUGCAGUGUUCAGACUUCACUAGUGGAGUCAGGAGCCUGUAUCUACACACACCUGUAGGUCUGCUGUACACACAUCUGUAUGUCUGCUGUACACACACCUGUAGGUCUGUUCGACACACACCUGUAUGUCUGCUGUACACACAUAUGUAUGUCUGCUAUACACACACCUGUAUGUCUGCUCUAGACACCAGUAGGUCUGCUGUACACACAUCUGUAGGUCUGCUGUACACACACCUCUAUGUCUGCUGUACAGACACCUGUAUGUCUGCUCUAGACACCAGUAGGUCUGCUGUACACACAUCUGUAGGUCUGCUCUACACACACCUCUAUGUCUGCUGUACACACAUCUGUAUGUCUGCUCUACACACACCUGUCUGCUCUACACACACCUGUAUGUAUGCUGUACACACAUGUGUAUGUCUGCUGUACAUACACCUCUAUGUCUGCUCUACACACACCUGUAAGUCUGCUCUACACACACACCUGUAUGUAUGCUGUACACAUAUGUGUAUGUCUGCU